GCCUCAUUGGGUAGUGUUGUUCUAUGGGAUUUGAUUGUUGGCUGUGGCCCCCCAGCCUGUUUAGUAUUGCCAUUGAGUUCCACAAAUGAACAGAGACUUGUGGAGUUCAUGUGCUGUGGUCGUGUUAUCACUGGUAAUACCUCAUCCCAGCCGAGAAACCACCAUUGAUACCUCGGUCAGGGGGAUGUGUACCUCUUUCUAAUUAUUGGGGUAACACAUUGUGUGUGCACAAAAAAUUACAUUCCAACAUAACAUGACAUGUUUGUAUUGUUACACUAAAAGCUGUGAACAACAUAAAUAAGCCUGUCAUGGUGACGAUGUUGUACAAAUUCAUGAAUUAACUGAAUUCCAAUGUGGGCAAAAAAAUCCAUCCCUUAUGAGGCUGCCUGUCAUGGUGACGAUAACGUGAGAAUUCAUGAAUAAGCUGAAUGCCAUGUGGGCAUAAAUCCAUCCCAUAUGAGCCAGCCUGUCCCCUUGACGGGAGCCCAUGUGAGAGUGAUUUACAAUCCUCCUCAGGCGCUCAAUUCGAGUGUCUCAUUGUCUCUCUGCAUCCUGUUACCUCCAAGUGCAAGAUUGCAUUAGCACAGCAUCGGGCCGGCUGACUGAUGUUAACACAUUACUGAGAGAUUUAGCAUCUUGCUAAGGGAGUGAAACAGAUUGGCCCUUCAGUGUGUUGCAAGAUAAUGUUGAUUGCUCUCAAGAACUGCUGAAUAGAUAAGAAAUCUAAUGUGAACAGACGGGAGGCAGGGUGUCUAGUUGCCAAUAAAGCUGGCAGCAUUUGACACGCAGGCAAAGCAGUCUCACAGCUCUGAGAAAGCCGUCUGAUAUCCUAGCCAAGUUUACAGAGACGAGGCAUCCCCAUCCUAGCAGGCCCAAGAGAAAUCCAGCUCCCACACUCUAAACUCCCAUCUCCAUGUUUGGUCGAGCAAGUAAAUAUCUGGGCUGACUUUUUGGAAGAUGUCCUACCCAUUCAAGACAUCAAGAGCAUUUCUGAUAAUAUGUAACCCAGCAAAACAAGCCGGUUCUCCUGAAGCAUAUCUCCCAACACCACCCAUUUCCAAGUGUGUUCUGCUGCUGGCAAGGGAAGUGUGCUUCAGUGCUUGUAAGCAGAUAAGAAUGUGUAGGGUGUUCAAAGUAAACACGAUUUGUGUGUUCCUGUGAAUUCUUUCGGCAGAUGUGAGAGGUCUGAAUUGACCUUAUUAGGUUGGCUCUCCUCUCGGCUCUCCUCAGGGUUGGCGAGAGCAUCGGGGCUUUGGAGGGAGAGAGAGCUGGACUGAGAGCUGGAGCUCCUGGCGUUUUCCCCGGUCUCCCCUUCAAUACUCAUUUAGUUCAAAGAUCCUGUGCAGGCCAUCAUCGGUGAUCCAGACAUUCAGAUGACAUGCAGCCACAGCGGCAGGUGGAGGUGCACAACCAUCUAAAUGGCUCACGGAUCGUGUUCUCAGACGGGGGCCCUCAGGGUGGACACCCCCAGCAGCAGCAGCAGCAGCUGCUCACAGCUCCAGAGCUGACCCAGGAAGUAGUGGUGAUCUCCCCUGGUCUGCCCACCCCCCCUCUCAGCCCUUUCCGGAUGGUCCAGCCUCCCUCCACACAAGACCAGGUUGCAGAGGUUAAUGGCAGCGGAUAUCCACUUCCAAGUUUCGGAUCUUACUAUGGACCUUCUGAGACAGGAGUGAUGCCCAAUGGGAUGCAGUCUGGAGGAUCUUCCACCCUUCCACGGAGGUCAGGAACCAGGGAGGAGCGACUGAUUAAGUUCUCAGGCAUCGGCCCUGUGGACGAGACAGGCAUGCCCAUCGCCUCCCGAUCAAGUGUGAACAAACCCAAAGACUGGUACAGGAGCAUGUUCAGGCAGAUUCACAAGAAGCCAGAAGAUUCUGAAAUGGAAUAUUGGUCAGCUGAAAGGAGCCAGCUGUCCCCCACACCGACCACAGAGAACAUGGUGAGAGUAGAUGGACCGGCAGGAAGUGGGAAGGACCCGUUCACCCUUGACCCCUAUGGGUCCCUGCCUGACUGGAGUGAGCUGGGAGUUGGAGACAAGCACCCGCAGCCAAAGAGCAUUUUUGACUUUGAACCUGGACGGAGCAACACCUCUGGGAAUAGAGACCAGGUCGAGGUGGUCAGGAGCCCAGAGAAUCCACGCUCCCCCUCCAUAGAGGCGACACUGGUUUCAGAACUGAGCCGCUUCGAGGCGGAGCUGGACUCCGACAUCCGCGGGUUGGAGAGGAAGCUUUCCCAGAAGCAGCAUCAGCCACGGCGGCAAGGCUGGGGUGAGGGCGAGAGGAGCAACACCUCCGGAGCCACACAAGCCCCUGGGAGGGAACAGGACAACAGCUGGGCUGGAGCAAAGCAUUCUGGGACAAAGGUGGUGGCUCCUGCAAACCAUUACACUGUCCCGGUGACCACUCCUCUUCAGGCCACGGUGCCUGGCUCGUUCCAUGCUAAAGGUACAGACAGAUUCAGCCCUGCACCUGAAGCCAUGGACUUCCCACCGAAGAGAGAGGAGAAGAAGAUGAAGGCAGGCCGGGCCAAGUUCAAUUUCCAAGCGCAGUCACCCAAGGAGCUUUCGCUGCAGAAAGGUGACGUGGUGUACAUCCACAGGCAGGUGGACGCCAACUGGUACGACGGGGAGCACCACGGGAGAGCUGGGAUCUUUCCCACCAGCUAUGUGGAGGUGUAUUAUCCCCCCUCUGAGAAGCCCACGCCCAUCAGAGCCCCCACCGUUCAGGUGCUGGAGUACGGGGAAGCCGUGGCCUUGUACAGCUUCACCGCGGACCUGCCUGUAGAGCUGUCUUUCAAGAAGGGGGAGGUCAUCAGCGUGACCAGGCAAGUGGACGAUCGAUGGCUGGAGGGCCGGGUCCCGGGCACCGCACGCAGCGGCAUCUUCCCCUUGAACUACGUCCAGGUCAACAGAAUGCCCCGCACCAAAAGUAGCGAUGAGUUCCCCACCUCGCCUGCGUCCCCCACGUUCCCCGCCUCGCCGCGGAGCCCCGGGCGCCCGUUUCACUCCCCGUGCCCGCAAUCACCCAUGUCCCCCUCACCCUUCACCCCCGAGGCCCAGCUCUCACCCGCCAAGCCCUCCUCACCCUCCCUGCAUGGCGUCACCUCCACCCAGUCACGCUCACCGCUCUCACAAAAGCAGGCAGCCAAUCACUGGCCCCACACGUCGCCUGGCCCCUCCUCACCCACACCACAGACCAGCCACUGGAGUGGAACGCUCCCUGCACCUCACAGCCCAUUGGAUAGAGAUGUCAAGUCACCACUGUCAACAUCCAAUCACAUGCCGUCGUCUCCUCAGGGUCCAGGACUGACCGUCGGUAGCAAGCCUGCAUAUUCAGCACAGCCAAAUUCCCAUAGAAAUGCUCCUCCUCCACCACAGACCAGAACAAAUCCUGGUUCUACGGUAGUACAGCGGACACCAUACAAAGCAGUAUACAACUACAAACCGCACAACAAGGAUGAGCUGGAGCUGAGGGAGGGAGAUAUUUUGCAGGUGAUGGAGAGGUGUGAUGAUGGCUGGUUUGUAGGUACGUCAGAAAGGACUCAAGCCUUUGGGACGUUUCCUGGCAACUAUGUGGCACCGGUGUAACCACUGGAAUGUUUGACUGUUAUUGGACAAGUUUGCUUUUGAGCUGCAUCCACUUCACACAGGCUAGCUUGCCACACAUUAAUGCAGUGUACUUCCUCCUCACAGACACACACAUGAAACACACACACACACACACACACACACACACACACACGUUCCUAUUCUCAUUUCCUGAUUCAGCAUUGAUCUGCAUGCACACCUCUCAAUGUCCAGACCACAGUGGCACGAACAAUGUAACCACAAAAUGUCCAGAAAGCCACCAGUCACUCUUGUCAGCAUGUGUGUGGUAUUCACAACACUCCUCAGAAAUGGACACUUCAACACAGGGUUGGGCACUUGGACUUCAUUCAGAUGAAACUCUAUGGGUCUCUCUGUACAGCAUAUAUACAUUGGACAGUUGGGAGUCCAAACUGGUUGUCUCAGCACACAUGAACGUAAAGGGGAAGUUCCUGCAAAGCCGGUCACCCAGGUCUGCAUGGUUUGAACUGUCACCACUGUCGUCACCUCAAGGCACCUCCAAGCACAUGGGUUCUCUAGGUCUUUAAAAAAGCAGUCCUGUCUUACUGCUCUAUGAAAGGAGCCACUUUAAAAAUGUCUUGCACUUUGAUUUCAGAUUUGUAACAGCAUCCUGGAUGAUCGGAAGACGGUGACAAGAAAGUGACACUAAAUGUGCCUGGACCACUCUAUGGCUUUGGCUUUAUGAGCAGAGUAUAAUGCCAUAAAAUCAGUUUCAUAUUUAUUCCAGUUUUUUUUUGCUCUCCGAACAGGCUUCUUCUCCUUACUCCAGUAACUCACCAUGCAGCAUUUGACCGAAUGUUUAGCUUGAAAGUUAACAUUAGCAAUAUAUGUAGAAAAGCUUUUUUUCAAACUUCAUUUUUGUAAUCCAAGCAGAGGAGGCCAAACAUCAUGGACGUAAUCUCAGUUAUGUGAAAUGUGUAUCGUUUGUGGAGGACGGAGUCAAGUGGAAGCAUUUAAAUUGAACAUUUGGACAACACCAGUUGUAUCGACUCAGUAAAAUCUCUUCCAUAUUGAACACAUGGAAGUUGUCUGAAGCUUCCUUACACCUCUGUGCCAAUUUAACACCUUUUAAAAGCCCUAAAAAAAGCGUUAAACUUUACAGAGCACUUAAUGUAAUGUGACCAACACAUGCAAAAGUGAUCAUAGAAUUUGUCCUCGUGUGAAAACCACUCCCUCCAUAUUUGUCUGUUUCUAAGCUGUUUCUCAGUGCCUGUAUUGAAUGGAUGUUGAUCGAUUAAAUCCAGUAUUUUGUGCUGCAGUAAGUUGCGUGUGACUAUUUAAAUCGAAACCAUCUGUAAUCGAGCAGAGUAGCCAGCCUUAGCGUAACAAAUGGAAACACAGUUGUUUUUUUGCAUUAUCAGAGGCUUGAUGCUUGUUCAUGUAAACAGAUUCUCAUCAUUUUGGGUCAUGAUAUUGUGUGUCUGGCGCAAAAGACAAAAUAGGUGCUUGAACACCAGAGAUCUGACUUUACAAAAGAUCAAAUUUGUACGCGUUUUAACCAAAUUCUAGAAUUGUUUGUAAAAGGCUUCAAUUAAACAUAUUUGCUGAAAAUAGAAAAAUCAAUGCUGCAGUGAUUUUUAGACAUAAGUGGAUAUAAAUUUAUGGUCAAAAGCCUUUGCUUGGAAAACACAUGCCGAGACUGACUAGAUAGGCAUGCGAUAAAUGAGCCACUGCCUACGAUUGUAUCACUCAGCGCAUAUUACGACUGUGCCUCAGGGUGAUGUCCAGCCCUGAAAGUGCUGCCCUACCUAUUAGCUAAUGACUAGCCGCCUUUGACACCUUUAACACCUUUGACUCCUAUGUAAGAGUCAUUACAGCUUUCACUUCAGAAAUGUUCAAAUUCCUAUCACUCAAAAGAAGUAUGAUUAUAGAUUAGUGUGGCUGAUUUUUAUACUAUGGUAACACAUGUUCGCAUUUUAUAAAAAUAAAACACUAGAUUUGUAAAUAAAAGCCUUCAUGUCUAAUGUGCUUGGUUUGCCUUGCUCUGGUUGUCUGACCAGUAAGAUAAUGUACAGAUUUUUAGCAUGUUAUCAAAUUGCAAAAUAAUAUAUUUUCCUGACAGCACAAUGUAUUUCAAUGUAAGGUACUCACAUGUUUGCAAAAUAUUCAAAUAAACAAAUGAAACACA